AUGGUAUCCUCAAGGCGCUCGGCUCAGCUUGGACUUUGGCGCGAGAUUGUUUCAAAACGUCACGAAGAGACUCAGCCAGUCAACCGACAUCUCGAUUUUAUUCGAAGGCGUUUCAAAGAACUCGAAUUGCAAGGUUUUACUUGGUCCAGGGAUUCGAUCCUGGGUGUUUUUUUGCAACUUGGUCUACCAGAACGCAACCAUGGCUCUUUCUCAUCGGUCAACAGCAUUCUGAAAUCUCGCCAUCCUUUUGCACCUGUAUUUUCAUCUAAUGAAGUCAUAAAAGCCAUUCAAACUGAGGAGCUGCGACACAAGUCUCGUCCUCGGGGCCUCAUGGAUCUACCAAUCGAAGUUUUCGAAAAAAUACUGGAGACACUUGAUUACACAGCAAAGCUCGAAGCUGAAGGAAUUUAUGACCAAAAGGUGCACGUAGCUAACCGCAGGGUUAUGAUAUGUCGAGGUCACCGGGAGCCAUACAUUACCUACUUGAACCAUCACUCACCAGUCUUAAACAGUAUUCAGUCCUUCUCACUUACUUGUCGUGAAUUUUAUAAACUUUGUCAACCGUGGUUGUGGCGAGUGAGUCAUCUGCAAAUUAACUCACUACUGAAGGCAUGCUUUCUAAUCACAACAAUUCCUCAUCUCCAUUUUCAGAAACUACAGUUUCCUACAUCUCUUCCAGCACCAAUAGAUCUAUGGACCAAAGAUAUUCUCCUCAGACAAGGCUCCCAUGUCCAAUCAAUAUCACUCAUACUCUCUCCAAGCUAUAGUGAAACCCCUUAUGCUGUGAUCAAUACCUUCUCUGAAAGCCUUAGUGUUGAUUUAGAGUAUCUUCAUUCAAGCAAGAGUAUCUCUCCGGAAAAUGUGAAGGACUUAAUCAAUUGCUGCCCUAACCUUUCUGCACUGAAGAUUGUAUUUCCACUCAAUCAAUUUUUUGAAGCCAAGGAUACAACUGUAGCUUUUAUCUCAGAAAUAUCUCCAGUAUUCUCAAGUCUCAAAGCUCUUCGGGACCUGACAUUUGAGGAUAGAAAUGAAAAUUUAGUCACAAAUGAAUUCCCAUCGCAACUAAUUAGCUGUCUCCCUUUGCUUGAGUCACUCACAUGGCACGGACUCACACCAUGGACAAUUGAUUGA